AUGAAACACUACGAGAUUCUCAAUCAGCUGGGCGAUGGGACAUUUGGCUGCGUCGUGAAGGCAUUGGAUAAAAGGACGGGUCAACUUGUGGCGAUUAAGAAGAUGAAGCAGAAGUACUACUCCUGGGAGGAGUGCGUGAAGCUGCCCGAGGUAACGGUGAUGCGUCGCAUUCACGGUCACCCAAACAUUAUCAAGAUGCGUGAGGUGGUGCGCGAAAACAACGAGCUUUUUUUUGUUUUUGAGUACAUGGAUGGGGACCUCCUGGGUGUGAUCCGUAAGGCAAAGCAAAUACAGUGCCAUGCCACGGCCGCUACAGCCCCUCCCAUCCCAUACCCGAAGAUCAAGGGCUACAUAUUUCAGAUUUUUCAAUCUCUUGCCUACCUGCAUCAGCGCGGGUACUUUCACCGGGACAUGAAGCCUGAGAACUUGCUUGUAAGGGAGGACCCAAUCUCAGCAUCCCAGGAAAUUGUAAAGCUUGCGGACUUUGGGCUUGUGAAGGAGAUUAGGGCGCGUCCACCGUUUACGGAUUACAUCUCCACGCGAUGGUACCGCGCCCCUGAGCUGCUGCUGCAAGAUCGGUCGUACAGCAGCCCUGUUGAUAUAUGGGCCGCUGGUUGUAUAUUGGCCGAACUCAUAACCACCCGCCCUCUUUUUGCGGGUAGCAAUGAGGUGGAUCAGUUGUACAAAAUAAUGAACGUUCUUGGCUCACCAAACGAGCAAGUCUGGCCAGAGGGCAUUACUCUCGCCAAGAAAAUACGGUACGCGUUCCCCAUGGUAAAGGGGGUGGGGCUCGAACGCGUGCUUCCCCCACAUGUACCAUCACAGGCUUUGGAUCUAAUGAAGCAGAUGCUUAGCUACGACCCGAAGAAACGCCCAACGGCCCGCCAGUGUCUUCAGCACCCGUAUUUUAACGUUGGCAUCGACGAAGAAAAUUUUUCACCUUCCAGUGUGGCAAAACAAUUGGCAGGCACGCUUAAAAAGUUUGCCACUAGCCCACAAAGUGCACCGUCAGGGAACGUUCCUCUGCCUAGUGUGUUUAAUGUAAGGCGUUCACCCGUAGGGGCCACGACGGCAUUGCCAAAGCAGGGGGCGGUAGGGGUUCCUCCACUCCUCUCGCCGUCGCAGAAGUUUUGCUCUCCCGCGGGCCCAACUUUGACAUCUGCGUUUAUGGGUGAAAAGGCGGACCAACUUCCAUCGGUGCCAAAACCUACGCCAACAGUUGCGCCUGAAGGUUUUACUACAGGAAAUUGUUCUUUACCAAAACUUCCUGUUUUGUCUUCCAACAAUGCCAAGGGUGGUGUGUCUAGUGCUGUUACUGUUGGUGGGAAUGCUGGUAACGGUGAUGUGGAUUUAGAUAGUCUCCUAGAGGAGUUUGCAGGUGAGCUUGAGACACUGAAAGUUGUUCCACAGCAAAAACCACGAGCUAACUUUUCUGCUUUAGGUGAGGGGACAAAGGGAAGCGUUUCGCACAACCCAGCCUUGGGGAAACCUCCUCUAUUAGUGAGUACCUCCAAUGUGUCCCCAGAGGGAAGGGAUGACACUGUAGAAACAUUUCUUAAUUCCACGCGGUACAAGAAGUCCUCGUUAUCUUCCAUGGAAAGUGGUGGUUUAGCACAUGCGACGAGGGGAACCUCACUGCAGAGACAAGCCCCUCUGGCCACUUCUCCUUUGGUAUUGAGUGGUGGUCACCAUGCGGCGCCACCACCGAGUAAGGCGUUCUUGGCUAAACACAUGAAGAGAAAGGAUAGCUCCGCUUCGUGA